UCAAACGAACGCAACGAAUACAUCCCCUCCUUCAUCGCCAAAAAGCCCUUCUACAUCGACGACGCCACCGCCUCCGAUGCUGACUACCUCGAGCACCAACGUCUCCAAUCCGAAAACACCACCGACACCCUCGCUAACGCAGAUUGGUACGCGCGAGGUUCCAAAAAGGGCCCCGCGGCGACCAAGUACCGCAAAGGAGCAUGUGAGAAUUGCGGAAGCAUGUCGCAUACAGCGAAGGAUUGUUUGCAGAGGAAGAGGAAAGCUGGGGCGAAGUGGACGGGGAGGAAUAUUGCUGCGGAUGAGGUGGUGAAGGAUGUGAAACUCGGGUGGGACGCGAAGCGGGAUCGAUGGAAUGGGUUCGAGGCGGAGGAGUAUGCGGAGGUGGUGCAGGAGUUUGAGGCGGUGGAGGCGAUGAGGAAAGAAGCCGCUGGUGAGGCGGAGGACGGCGAGGAAGGAGCGAAAUACGAAGAGGAAACGGAUAUGGGCCGAACGCAGAAGAAUUCGACGAGGAAUUUGCGGUUACGAGAGGAUACGGCGAAGUACUUGAAGAACCUGGACUUGGACAGUGCGAGAUAUGAUCCCAAGACGAGGAGUAUGGAGGCGGGAGCAGAGGGUGCGGCGUUGAAUGAUCUGGUGGCGGAGGAGGGAUUCGAAAAGGCGAGCGGAGACGCUGCAGAAUUUGAGCGAGCGCAGACCUAUGCAUGGGAGACACAAGAACGAGGAGACCGAGACAAAAUCCACAUGCAAGCCAAUCCAACCGAAGCACUCCUCACACGAAAACGCAAAGCCGAAGAAGAGAUCCAAAAAGCCGAAGCCAAACGAAAAGCUCUAGCAGACAAAUACGGUUCCCAAGACACCGUCGCCAAGAAACCCGCUCUCCUCGCCGCCGCACAAACGAGCGAACGAUACGUCGAAUACGACGAGCGAGGUCGCAUCAAAGGCGAAGAGAAGAAAGCGGAGAAGAGCAUGUACGCCGAAGACGUGCUCAUCAACAAUCACACUUCCGUCUGGGGCAGUUGGUGGAAAGACUUUCAGUGGGGGUACGCGUGUUGUCAUAGCACGAUGAAGAACUCGUUCUGUACGGGUGAGGAGGGGAGGCAGGCGGCUGAGGAGGCGGAGAGGUUCUCGAGAGGGGAGGGACUGCCUACUGCGAAGGAGGCGGAGAAUGCGAGGGAGGUGGAGAGGGAGGAGGCGUGGGAAGAGGAGAAGAGGGAGGAGAGGCAUGUUCCGAAUGGAGAGGACCGGCCGGAGAAGGUGAAUAUGGAUGAAUCAAAAAGGCGGAUGGAGGAGUUGAAGGCGGGUGUCACCGAGGCGGAUAUGGAGAAGUAUCGGAGGGAGAAGGUCAAUCAGAGUGAUCCGAUGGCGAAACUGCUGGGGAAGGAU